CCUUAAUCAUUUCAACUAUUUCCUGCUGCGGUCUUUCUGUGAACCAAGUUUCUCAAUUCCCGGAUGCUUGUCUCGCGGCUUCCCCGGGCAAAACUUCACAAUCUAUCUUCCAUCACUUCAGACCGUUGCAUCAGUCGCUAUUUCCUAACACACAUUCCAAACUUUCAUUCAUUUCGAGAUGUAUACUCCUCAAAUGUUAGAAUCGGCAAACUCUCACGUGCCGGGAAAAUGGAUCUUGCCCGUAAACUGUUCGACGAAAUGCCUACUAGAGAUGUUGUCUCAUGGAACGCGGUCAUCACCGGUUACUGGAAAAACGGAUUUAUUGAAGAAUCGAAGAGAAUGUUCGAUCUAAUGCCUCUGAGAAAUGUAGUGUCUUGGAACUCGAUGAUCGCUGGUUGUGUUGAAAAUGGUAUGAUCGAUAUUGCAUUUGCUUACUUUAGCGAGAUGCCUGAGAGAAAUACAGCGUCUUGGAAUGCUAUGAUUUCGGGUUUUAUUAGGUAUAAAAGAGUAGACGAAGCUGUGGAGCUUUUCGAACAAAUGCCAAAGAGAAAUGUGAUAUCUUAUACAGCUAUGAUUGAUGGGUAUGCACAGAAAGGGGACGUGAAGAAAGCUAGGGAGUUAUUUGACUCCAUGACAACUCGUAAUGAAGUUUCAUGGACUGUGAUGAUCAGUGCAUAUGUUGAAAAUGAACAAUUUGAUGAGGCUAGAGAAAUCUUUGGUCGGAUGCCAUGCAAGAAUGUAGUUGCUAUAACUGCUAUGAUUACUGGUUAUUGCAAGGAAGGAAAGAUGGAAGAUGCCAGGGUGUUGUUUGAAGAAAUUGAAUGUAAAGAUGAUGUUUCUUUUAAUGCUAUGAUAACAGGUUAUGCCCACAAUGGGAGAGGAAAUGCUUUGAUCACAAUGUAUAGCAAAUGUGGAUGUCUUCCUGACUCUGAGUCGGCUUUUGAACAUAUAAAAACUCCAAAUAUUGUCUCUUGGAACACAAUUAUUGCAGCUUUUGCACAACAUGGAGCAUAUGAGAAAGCUCUUGAAUUAUUUAAAAAGAUUGAAUUGCAUGGAAUUGAACCCGAUGGGAUCACCUUUCUUAGCUUGCUCUCAGCUUGUGGUCAUGCAGGUAAGGUGAAAGAGAGUUUAUAUUGGUUCAAGUCAAUGAAAUCUUUUUACAACGUGGCCCCACGUUCGGAGCAUUACGCGUGUUUAAUUGAUAUUUUGGGUAGAUCGGGUGAAGUUAAAAAAGCUUAUGAAAUAAUCCAAGAAAUGCCAUUUGAACCCGAUGCUGGAGUUUGGGGUGCCAUUCUUGCGGGGUGUAGUUUUAGCAUGAAUAAUAAUACCGAAUUGGCGGAAUUAGCUUUUGAGAAACUUACGGGUUUUGACCCGAAAAACUCGGGGGCUUAUGUUAUGUUGUCGAAUAUUUAUGCUUCAUUGGGUUUGUGGAGAGAAGUGACACGGGUGAGGGGUUUGAUGAAGGGAAAUGAGGUCAAGAAGCAAACGGGGUUUAGUUGGAUGGAGAUUGGGGAUACGUGGCAUUAUUUUGUUGGAGGGGAUGUGUCUCAUUUCGCGAUUAAUGAGAUUCGGAUGCUGGUAAAUCAAAUCUACUCACAAAUGAAACUUGUGGAGGAUGCUGGUUUUUGACUUGAUGGAUGUGUCUCAUGUACGUCCUAUUCAGUCAUCAAGUAAAAAAGGAACGGGUUUAAAUUAUGGAGAAAAGGUUUGAUAGGAACAUCUUCAACUACAUCUUUAAAAUUGAUUCUCAUGUUUUGCACAACAGCUGCUUUUUAUCUUUAUAGAGUAAAUUACACGAAUGGUCCCUAUGGUUUAGGGUAAUUUGUACGUUUGGUUUCUAACUUAUUUUUUUUAACUCGGAAGGUCCAUAUUGUUUG